GUGUCCGCAAGUAUUGCAAAAGACAUUAAAAAUUCACACACGCAUUAUAACAUUAAAAUGAUGCUGAGUUGGGAGUAUUCUUGAAAUAAGUCUAGCCUUAAAGGUAGACACGUAAUAAUCCAUGACCGAUAAUUGAUUUCACUUGUAGUUUGUUUAGCUGAUUUGCUUACAGCAAACAUUCUGCGCUUGUCGUGGGAGCUAGAGCAGCGACAACCAAUUGAAACUUCAGUUUGCUACUUUACCAUCGUUCUGGUAAACGUUUCAAAUCCAUAUCAACAACUUGCUAAUUAAAUACCUUGGGAUGUAAAUCAUGCCCCGGUUUUUCGAUUACCUUUAUAGCUACCAGAGCCACGAGACACACACACACACGCACACCCGGUACGACCAUUGGUACACUUGCCCCGAAGGGCCCGUUUCGAAUACCAAAAACAACCGAGGGAGGAUGCAAUUUGUCUCAUAAAUUAGUAAUUCGAGCAACCAACCUCGACCCGUGUGAUCUACGACUUGCAUAAACACGCCGGAAGAUGACGGAAGACAGUUCUAUUAGCAGAUGAGCUUCAAAAAUAAUUGGAAAUCAUCGUUCAAACCACCAUCAGCGGGUGAUACGCACAGUCCCGUUUACCCCGAGCAUCUUCCACCAUCGCCGUACGGUACGGUAAAGGAAAGAUCUGGUUUUGGAGAUGAUCGUAAGCUUCGGCCAUAAGUCGCACUCUUGGGGCGCCCUAGCCGCGUUCUGGUCCUCAUCAAAAAUGCAAAAUAUAUAUAAAACGAUCACGACACGGCACAGCAUAUGUAAAACCAUGUAUGUGUGGAGAAGCGUGCGUUUUAUCUUUUGUGUUCCCUUCUUUCGUUAGAAAAAAAAAAAAAAAAUGAAGCAUUCGCAUCCUCCUGCCACGGUAGCAACGUAGGAUCUUUUAUCGAGUGUAUUCUAUGGGGUAAGUUUUUGGGCGUCUACCGAUGCUGGUGAGGGUUUUUUUCUGGUGUUGUCACCUAUUUAAAAGUGCUUCGAAACCAUAGCCCGAACUUUAGUCGAACGCCGGCUGGUGGACUGAAAACGUUGUGCUGAGCACGCUCCGUAGAAAGUUCUGCCGAACUGGUACAGUCGGUACGGAAACCGGUAUAGUACUGUAGGCUAGACGUUGGUCAGUGUAUCGAGCAUAUACAUAAAUAAUACAAGCGUCGUUUUUCACCGUGUCGUGUCGUGUUCAGAAGGAUAAGGUGAAUAUAGUUACGAGCAUCCUCCAGUGGACAUUAGAGACCAUUUUCGUUUGUUGUGCUGCCAUUGCAAAUUGUUGGACAUUAAUAACGAACGUGGAGGUCGUUUCGUGGGAAGAGCAUUUUGCGAAUAAAAAAAAAUAAAGUUAGACCCGUCUAUCUUGUUUCGCGAAACGAUCCAAAGUGAAGCACCAUAUUUAUCAGCAUCAGCGACCGAAAUCAGUGACUAUGUGGAGCUUAACUAUUGUGAUUGUCCUUUGUGGCGUGUGCAGCGUGUUUGGGGCUGCACUGAACGACAACAUCGACAUCGAUAUCAAGGUCGACACGGAUUCGAAGCUGUACCAUCAGGGCAAAACGGUAGAAGGUUCGUUUAACUACGGUUACAAUGUGCCACGGCGAAACUACAACCAGUACCAGCACAAGGUGAAGGGCCCGGACGGUGUGACGUACGGCUGUUACGGGUUUGUCGAUCCAACGAACGGAACGCAUCUCUACCAUUACGUAUCGGAUCUGAAGGGCUACCGGGUGGUACCACCGAAUCAGCCGACCAAGGUGUACACCGAUCGGGUUGCAAACAGCGUGGCUAAUAUUUACGAUUCCGUCGGUGAAACGUACGACUGGGAAAAGCUCUACUUCCCCGAUGUGUGCCGAGUGCUGCAAAAGAGCAAAGAGGAACGUAACGAGCUAUCUAUCCCGAAAGGAUUUCAAGUGAACGAUGAUGGUUCGGUUACACAAACGACAAAGAAACCGAAAACAUCCGCACCAACAGCUCGAAAAACUGCGGCACCAUCGACCGCAACACGACCACGACCAACGACCGCACGAACGAUCACGGCGAAAGCAACUUCUUCCCGCACUACAACACGAGCGACUCCAACCCCUACUCGCCGUGCCGCUACCUCACCUACAACUGCCAAACCGGCUACCCCCAAAAAGGCCCCAACUACACCACCUCCAACGCCCAAGCCAACGCCAAAACAGACUACUCCGCGUACAACUACCAUUCGACCAAUCACAGAUUCGUCCCGUCAGCAACAACAGCCACCAACUCCACGAGCUCCAGCACCGGCCCAGACGACACAGGCCAGAACGGCACCGAAGAACACCUUCAAACCGGAAAGCCUUCCGGCCCCAACUCCGAAACCCAGCGGUAACAAGUUCGGCAACAACCGGGACAACUUUGUCGGUUCACCGGCAACCAACACAGCGGAAACCCUGAAACCACCACAGGAUUUGCAAGCGGUCGGUCAGGAUAUUUCCGAGCUGAAGUUUUUGCUACAGAUGCUGCUGAAGUCAAUCAACAGUUCGCCGAAGGCGGCACCUGACUGUGACGAUGCUAGCUCGCUGGGUCCGGUAAAUCCCGCCGCCAAGCAAGUAUUUCUUCCGCUGGUCAUUGUGGAUAUGUUGCCCGGUGCUAGAGGUUCCGUGACACAGGGUGCUCCUGGUGGACUGCCCGUCGGCAGUCAAUUUGCCAUCCCGUCGUUUGGUUACGGAGCGUCACGGUGUAAUACCUGUGGUUAACCGGAUAGUGGAAACUGUAAUGUCGAUGUUACUUUUAAGACUUUUAAAUAAAUAAGUGGAAAAGACAUAAAGCAAUUGUGUGGGGUUAAAUCUGUUUCCGUUCUGUGUUAUGUGUUUGAAUGAUGCUUGUGGAUGUGGAAAAUCUUUUUUCUUAAACAAUCAACAUAUCAUCUCUGUUUGUAAAGAAAUAUAGUUCGAGUUAUCAAGAUGUUAUCAGUUCCCAAUUGUAAAUAC